AAAAUAGCCUAAAAAAAUCAAUAUGGACUGUCGAUCGUUGAAAAAAGGUAUAUCGAUCAUUGGCACCGGCGAUUUUGGUCGUUCGAUUGGUAAAAGGCUGGUCAUUACUGGAUAUGACGUCACUUUUGGAAGUCGCCGACCGGAAGUACGAAAUCUGCGGGCCGACGAUAAAGUUUUCGUCAACACUGUUGUGACGUCAGUGGGAGAGGCUUUGCGCAAAAACAGCAUCAUCGUAUUUGCCGUGCGAGCUAUUCACUUUGAAGAGGUCAUCUCUAAAUUUAGAACGGACCUUUCCGGAAAGCUAAUAAUAGAUGUCUCAAACAAAUCGAGACGCGACAGAUACCUGACGUCAAAUGCGGAGAUGUUGCAAAAUCUUGUACCGGAAGCGACGGUGGUGAAGGCGUUCAACGUCAUUUCCGCUUAUGCCAUGGAGGCGGAUUUCGAUGGAAGUUCAAGGUUGGUCCCUGUGGCUAGCAACAGCUGCAAGGCUCGCUCGAAGGUCAAGGACAUUGCUCGGUCCAUGGGGUUCCAGCCUUUUGACGCCGGGAUGCUGACGUCAUCAAGGGACAUUGAGAUGUAUGUCCACUGGCUGUUCCCGAAGUGGCAGUUCCCGAUCCUGCUAACAGUGUUGAUCAUGAUCACGUGGUGGCUGCACGUGGUCUAUGUCUACUACGUCCAAUCAGAAACCUACACGUGGGAGCAGCUCUUCGUCAAGGUCUCCAAUAAGCCGCUGGCUAUGACGGCUGUCACCAUUCUAAGCCUGACCUACAUGCCCGGAUGCCUGGCAGGGUUUCUCCAACUGAGGAACGGAACCAAACACCGCCGGUUCCCCUGGUGGCUUGACUCGUGGCUCAAGGCGCGCAAACAGCUGGGCCUCAUCUGCUUCUUCCUCGUCUGCCUGCACGUCUGCAUCUCCGUGCUGCUCAUGAGCCCCACCUACUUCCACUCGUGGUUCCACGGCACGGAGCACGACAUGCACGGGCAUCACGUGCACAAUGGGACGCAGCCCAAGCCGGAUGUUGAGCCAUGGAUGACGUGGAAGGGUGAAAUCGCCAGUCUCCUGGGUAUCCUAACUUACGCCCUUAUGUGUGUACUUGCUGUGACGUCAAUACCGAGCGUAGCGGAAACUCUCAACUGGGUCGAAUGGCAUUUCAUCCAAUCAAAACUCGGCUUCUUCGCUCUAAUUUUAGCCGUGUCCCACGCGUGGGUGAUGGGGAUUCCCCACUGGGUGGAGCACACGAGCCCCAAGGAGCUGCUCCUGUCCAUCACCUUCAUGAGCACCCUCCUGCCCGCCUGCGUCCUCCUGAUGCGGUUCACGCUGUGUCUGCCGCUGAUCCGCCCGCGUCUGAAGAAGAUCAGGAUGGGCUGGGAGAGCGAGACGGUCAGAACUUCCGCUUUUGCCAGAGUUUCGAACGGGGAGGCGGGGCUUGCGAGAAAUGGCCAGGUUUUUCAGAAAGUUGAGGCCAGGGAAAAGAUGUGCCCGUGUAGCAGCGACCAGGCCGCAUCCGACUGCUGCAACUACUCCAACGGCGAGUACUGCUGCUGUGGAGACCAGGGACUGGAGGUCAAGGUCAAGGCGUCCAGCUGCUGCCAGCCAACGCCGGUUAAAAAUGGCCACCAGCUUCCGGUCACGUUACCAAGGAGCGUGGGGGCGACUCCCCUCCACCCCCGCCCCGUGGAAUCGUUCGAGCAGACAAGGGUCAAGGUUCAUCAAAGCGCGCGUAAGGGGGAGGCGGGGAGACCUGAGACCGUCUCUCUUGUCUGACAAGACUUAUUGAAAUCGUUAGGG